AUGUCGCGGCCAUUGUUAAGAAAUUCCGGCGGAAAUGGAUGGAUUGUGCAGAAGUUUGGUGGCACCAGUGUCGGCAAGUUCCCAGACAAGAUUGCCGAGGAUAUCGUCCGGCAAUAUGUCUCGUCAGAGAACCGCAUCGUCGUCGUCUGCUCGGCACGCAGCCCCGGCAAGAAGGUCGGCGGCACCACAAGUCGCCUACUGGAGGUCGUCAAGAGCCUGCAGCUUCUUGGCCCAGCCGCCGCUAUGAGCGACGAACCCGCCCAGGUCCAGCUCGUCGAGACUGCCCAGAAGCUCAUCCGCGACAUCUGCAAUGAGCACGUCACAUCCGCCCAAGCAAGCGUCUCGGACCCGGCUCUCUGCGACGCCCUGUGCAAAGAGAUCGACGCCGAGUGCCGCGAGCUCGCCGAAUACGUCGCCGCCAUCAAGCGCUUCAAUCUCGAGGUCAACUCCCGCUCCAAGGACCGCGUCAUCAGUUUCGGCGAGAAGCUGAGCUGUCGCUUCAUGACCUACGCGCUGCGCGACCACCAGGUCGCCGCCGAGUACGUCGACCUGUCCGACGCCCUGCACUCCGGUAUCGGAGGCGCAAACCAUAUCCACGACCGGCUCGACGCCGCCUUCUACCGUGAAGCGGCGAGCGUGUUCGCCAAGAAGAUUGCCGCCUGCGGCGACAGCGUACCGGUCGUGACGGGUUUCUUUGGCAACGUGCCCGGCAGCUUGGUGGACGGCGACGUGGGACGUGGCUACACAGAUCUGUGCGCAGCACUCAUCGCCGUGGGGCUCAAGGCACAGGAGCUGCAGGUCUGGAAGGAGGUGGACGGCAUCUUCACGGCCGACCCCAGCAAGGUCCCGACGGCACGACUCAUCCCGUCCAUCACGCCCUCCGAAGCAGCGGAGCUCACGUUCUACGGCUCCGAGGUCAUCCACCACUUGACCAUGGACCAGGUCGUAAAAGCGGUACCGCCCAUCCCGGUGCGCAUCAAGAACGUCAAAAACCCGCGCGGCAACGGCACCAUUGUUCUUCCGGACCCAGUACGUGCGCCUGGCCAGCAGCUGCAGCGCAUGGGCCGUGGCAGUUUUGCGGUGGGCAGCGCUGCGGCACCAGUCACCAACGGCAACGGACCGGCUGCAGCGGCGGCUGGUGUGCGGCUCACGCCGCGGCGACCAACGGCCGUAACCAUCAAGGACCGCAUCUCGGUGCUUAACAUCCACUCCAACAAGCGGUCCCUGGCACACGGCUUUGUGGCCCGCGUGUUCUCGAUCCUCGACCAGCACCAGAUCUCGGUGGAUCUCAUCGCCACGAGCGAGGUGCACGUGUCCAUGGCCAUCCACGCGCCGGACGUGUCGUCGCCGUCCGAGGCUGGCGUCGCCGACAGCAAUCUGGACCUGGCGCGGAAACAGCUUGGCGCCCUCGGCGACGUUAGCCUGCUGCACGGCAUGGCCAUUCUGAGCCUGGUGGGCGCGGACAUGAAGAACAUGAUUGGCGUUUCCGGCAAGAUGUUUUCGACGCUCGGCGAGCACAACAUCAACAUUGAGAUGAUUUCUCAGGGCGCCAGCGAGAUCAACAUCUCCGGCGACACUGCCACUCGGGCCUUGCGGGGCCUUCUCCACGCGCACCGACCCGGCACCGCCCGCCAGCGCAAGCGUCUCCUCCUCCUUCACCACGCCGCCUUGCAUCGUGGCCGCAUCGCCGCGCCGGCCACGGCCCUUCUUGCCCUUGGGCGGGCGGUACGAGCUGCGGUCGCGCACGGGCAGCCAGCGCUCCGGGUCCAUCUUCUUGUUGGGGUCAAAGGCGCUGGUGCUGCCGUCCGCAGCGGCCUUGGCCUGCAGCUUGCGUGCCUGGCGCGACAGCGAGGGCGCGGCAGCAGCACCCGUCUUGGGCCUCUUGGCGGACGGCUGAGCCGCAGCGGCGUCUGUCGUGGUAGCAUCCGUGGCAGCAGCAGAGCGCUUCUUGCUCUUGGCGGGUGCAGCGGGUGCGGGCAGCGUGGCCACGCCGUUCUGCAGCAGAGACGUGACGUCGAUGCCCUUGACGAGCUGGUCGACCGGCGUCAGGGACGCAGCCAGUUUUUGCUGGCGCGCAGCCUGUGCGGGCGACACGGGUGUGGUGGCGGACUCUGUUGCGGACGCAGCAGCAAGCGAGGCAACAAGGCCGGCGGCGGCAAUCUUGUCGGCCGGAUCCGAGGCGUGCAGCGUCUCAAAUGCCGAGGCCGCGGCGGCCUGGUCGGCGGGAUCUUGCGAGUGCAAGAGCUCGACACCGGCAGCACGCAGCAGAGAGGCAGGCGGCGCAGGCAACGGGGUCUUGCGGGCCCGCUGCCAGUGGGCAGCGGCUUUGGCGAGUUCGGUGCGCACGGCCUGGUGGCGGCCCUGCAGCUUGUAGAUGGCGACGGCCAGGGCGACCAGACCGGGGGCAAAGCGGGCGUCUCUGGCGGCCGUUGCAGUGGCGUCUUCUGCACGGCGGAACUGCAGCUGCACGGCGGUCAGAAGCAGGCCAAUGUCGUCAGGGCGAUGUUCGAGGAGCGGCAGGAUGCGCCGCAGGGCAUCCUUGCCAGUCUGCAGCUCGGCCUUGGCGGCGGCACCAAAGACGCCGAGGUCCACGAUGUCGGGGAACGUGGCCAAGCUGCUGUUCUCCUUGUCGCUGUCGCUGCCACCGGUGCUGGACUGGCGCUUGAGCAGCUUGGCGGUGCGGCCCAGCACGCCCUUGAACUUGUAGCACUGCAGCUCGAUGGCAAACUGGUUGCGGCGCAGGAUCCGUGCCUGGUGAGAGAAGAGGCGGUCGCUGCCCGACGGCGGAGCGGGGACGGCGUCGACUUGGCGCUGGGCGAGGUAGGGGUUGCUGCUGGUCGGAGACGAACUGCUGCUGUUCUUGAGGACGACCGAGUUGGUCGCCGCGACAACCUUGACGGAGCCGUCACACUCGCUGGCGUCAACGGCCUGCUGGAGCGCGGCUGCGUCGUCAUGACGGCCCAGGCGGGUCAGCGUGUACACCUGCUGGAUCAAGAUGGGCAGCAGCUCGGCGCGCUUGUCCUCGUCGCUGAGCUCGUCGGACGCCUCGCACAGCUGCUGGGCGCGGCGCAGCAGAAUCGAAGCCUUGGCCACGUCGCCGCGAGCCACGGCCACACAGCCAGCGUUGUAGGCCGCCUCAAAGGACUCGAGGUCUUCCCGGCGGCCGGCAUCGAGUGCACUGUCCUGGCCCGCCGACACUGUCGUCGAUCCGCGGCCCUGCCAUGCGCGCUGGGCCGACACGGCCAGGGCGUUGAUGCGCACGUCGGUCGACUCGCCGACACCGGCCUCGGGUGCGCUCUCGGCGUCCUCGCCCAGGGCAGCAUAGAGGCCCGCGGCGAGGUCGAACUGCUCGGUCCGGUAGGCGACCUGGGCGGCCACGUGCUUCAGGCCGCGAUGGGAGGCACCCUGGCUGGCCGCCAGCGCGGCAGCAGCGUCGAGAUCGCCCGUCUUGUAGAGGGCAUAGGCACGCUCCAAAACCGUGCGGGCGGCGAGCGCAUCGCCACCGGCGGCCACGGUGCGCAGGGCAUCGUCGAAGCGGUCGAGCUUGAGCAGGGCGACGACCUUGGCGUGCAGGGCGGUCAGCUGCUCAGGGCUGGCGGAGCCGGCCGUUCCGUUGCCGAUGGCGGCAUUGGCGAGCUUCAGGGCUUCUUCGUGAUCGUCGAUGCUGGCGCCGCGUAG